GCGCCCUCGCGCCGCUCCAUCGCAGCGGUGACGUCACGCGUGCAUUGACUCGCGCUGGCCGAGAGCGAGAGGUUGAACAGACCGAGGGUUAGAGAGAGCAGUAGCCCGGGCCCACGGACAAAAACUCACCGAAAAGGAUUUACAUUCGCUACGUGUCGUCCAGCAAAUACCCAAGUCUGCAAAGAGAGAGUGUUUUUCUGCUUUCCUAAAGCCCGGUCUGUCAGGAGUUACAGCAAGUGGGACUCGAUGAAAGAUGACAGAGGAGGUGAUUGUUAUAGCCAAGUGGGACUACACAGCUCAGCAAGACCAGGAACUGGACAUCCGGAAGAACGAGCGCUUGUGGUUGCUGGAUGAUUCCAAGACCUGGUGGAGAGUCCGCAACGCAUCCAACCGCACCGGCUACGUCCCCUCGAAUUAUGUGGAGCGCAAAAACAGUCUGAAGAAAACCUCUCUAGUGAAGAACCUGAAAGACACUCUUGGCCUGGGAAAAACGAAAAGGAAGACUAGCGCUCGUGAUCCAUCUCCCACACCCAGCACAGAGGCAGAGUACCCGUCCAAUGGCAGCGCAGGAGGAGGUGGAGUGGGCGGAGCCGAGCGGAUCUAUGACCUGAACAUUCCCGCACUGGUGAAGUUUUCUUACGCAGCGGAGCGUGAAGAUGAACUCAACCUCAUUAAAGGGGAGAGGGUGGUCGUGAUGGAGAAGUGCAGCGACGGCUGGUGGAGGGGUAGCCAUGCCGGCUGCGUCGGUUGGUUCCCAUCCAAUUAUGUACAAGAGGAGGUGGGAUACGCAGACCAUGAUGGGGUCUUUGGGGACUCUUUGGGGGGCUUCCGGUCCUUAACGGUGGGGCAAGGGGCGGCGAUGGCCAAUGGCCGGCCGGGAGGCUCCGGGAGCUCCGUUCUGCAUGUGGUCCAGACUCUGUACCCCUUCAGCUCUGUCACAGAGGAGGAACUGAACUUUGAGAAGGGGGAGACGAUGGAAGUUUUGGAGAAGCCAGAGAAUGACCCAGAGUGGUGGAGGUGUAAAAACAGUCGAGGCGUGGUAGGUCUUGUGCCCAAGAACUAUGUUGUAGUGCUCGGUGAUGGGCCAGUUGCAAAGGGCUUGGGGUCGAGUCAUGGCUCUCCUCACAUCAGUCACACAGUUCCCUCACGUACAGGCAAAUUUGCUGGCAAGGAUUGGUACUACGGUAACGUGACACGGCACCAAGCUGAGUGUGCUCUUACUGAAAGAGGAGUGGUAGGGGACUUUCUGAUACGGGACAGUGAAUCAUCGCCCAGUGAUUUCUCCAUUUCUCUGAAGGCUGUUGGGAAGAACAAACACUUUAAGGUGCAGCUGCAGGACGGAGUGUACUGCAUCGGUCAGCGGCGUUUUAGCAGUAUGGAUGAGCUUGUAGAGCACUACAAGAAAGCACCCAUCUUCACCAGUGAGCAAGGAGACAAACUCUAUCUUGUCAAGCCCCUUGCCUGAAUUCGUCACUUUUUCAUCAGACAUUACAUCUCCCUCUGUGCACCUCACUUCCCUUCUUUUCCUGCACACUACUCUGGCUUUACUACAUUCUUGAAUGAGGGGAAAAGCUCCUUUCAGAAGCAACUUCAAGGACUAUUUGACAUUUCAGAGCCCAAUAUCGCCUCCACUCCUGUAGGGAGCAAUAGAGAUGACCGUCCCUGAUAUAAGUUCCCGCUUUUUUUUUUAUUUAUUUUUUUUAAUUUUUUAAAAGUUUUGGAUGUUUUGGUAAAGGAAAUACAGAAUGGCAUUUCACGGAGCAACAUCUGUAGAACUCUCUCCCAGCCUCUGGGCAGCUGUUCUUCUGCUCUUCCUGUUGCUGGUUAAUCCACAACCUCAACCCACAUUAUAUUGGUUUACAUCUCUCUGCCCAAAAGAGCAUUACAGUAUGUAAUUAAGCAGAGGAGUAUAGAUUCAUAUGCAUGUCUUAACCUUGAUCCUUCCUACACUGACUGAAUCUGAAUCCAAACUAACUGCUGAGAUGACAGUCAGGUUUCACCCUGAAGUAAAGCGGUGCUGUCCCAUCCUCUGAGCUGUUAAACACACAGUUUUUCCAUCUGCAGUCCCAUCAUACAUGAAGGCAGAGUUUGGACUUCUCUCCUCCUGCUGUGGAAACAUGCAUAGCUUUCCAGGAAAUUCGCCUGAAUCCAAAUCACUACAGGGUUUCUUCAGAAUCAGGGUACUUCAUUAAGGGAUAUAAAUGCUGCCGUUAUGACGGGUUAAAAGAGGUGGGUGUAAAGAAAGAGAUUGUCGCCUCUAAGAAAGUGGUUUCUGUAGAACAGGAGAGAGUUUGAAUGUGUGUCCUUUCAACCAAAUGUGCCACCCACUUCCAGUUCUGCUACUAUUGAUGUCUUACUGCACCUCACCAACAGGCUUCUCUGCUCUCAGUAACACACAAGUGAUUGUGAACACUAAUUCAAGAGUAAUAAACAAGAAUAUGAUUUUAUUUCUUUACUUUUGUCAAUUACUCGAAGUCUGUUGACCAAUAAGUGUGUUGGUCAAGGAGUUUUUAUUUUGUUGUUUUGGUUUUUUUAAAAAUCUUUUUUUCUAUUUGUCUGAAUGUUAUUGAGCAAUGUUAUUUAAUUCCUCUUUCCACUGUAUGUACAUAUACAUAUAUAUUACAAAAAGAUAUGGUGCAUAUAUGAAUCGUUUAGAUCCUGCAUUAUGGUACUGUUUUGAGGACAGUGUGGUGAGAAUUGAAAUACUUUUGUUCAAUAAAAGUUUUGCUACAUAACUUAAAA